AUGGACGCUCUACAGACUGAAAAGACAGAUAAGGUCACCUCCGGCGUUGAGGAGGAACUGCAGGUCGUUCAAAAGAGCCGCUGGGAGCGCAGCUGGCCUGUCAUUGCUUGCGGUGCCGGACUUUUCUCUGAUGGAUAUCUUAAUGGUGUCAUCGGCUCUGUCGACACGAUGCUAUCCCGAAUCUAUCCGACUAGUUAUAAAAACUCCCCCGCGCUGCGCAAUGUAUCCUCUCUCGUCUUUGUCGGCGAGGUCGUUGGCAUGUUGAUCUUCGGUGUCACGAGCGACUACUUCUCGCGAAAAUGGUCUCUCAUGGCGUCAACAAUCAUUCUGAUCGUGUUUGCUGCCCUCAGUGCUGGUUCGUACGGCGCUCAUGGAAGUCCGAAUGGUCUUUUCGCCGCGCUCACGGCCUAUCGUUUCCUCAUGGGUAUUGGCAUUGGUGGUGAAUAUCCCGCUGGUUCGGUCGCCGCGGCUGAAAGUACCAACGAGCUCAAGGAGGGCCAUCGAAACCGUUGGUUCAUCUUCUUCACCGACUUCAUCAUCGAUUUUGGUUUCGUCGUGGCUGCGUUUGUACCGAUGGUUCUCGUGUUGAUCUUUGGGGAAGACCGUCUCGAGGCUCCUUGGCGUAUUGCUCUUGGAUUGGGCGUCUUGCCUCCAUUGAGCUUGGUGUACCUCCGUCUGAAGCUGAAGGAGCCUGAGGAAUUCAACAAGGAGCGUAUGCAUCGCUUCCCAUACGGUCUGAUUAUCAAGUACCACUGGAAGAACCUGCUCAUUGUCUCCCUCGUCUGGUUCAUCUACGAUUUUUCUGUCUUUGCCUUUGGAACCUACUCCUCCGUCUGGCUGGAGACUAUUCUCGGCAAAUCAGCUCCUCUCUGGCACACCUUUGGGUGGAACGUGGUUGUCAAUCUCUUCUACCUACCCGGUUCUUUCGCGGGAGCUUUUGUGAGUGAUUGGAUCGGUCCUCGCAAGUGCUUGGUUCUAGGCAUGACCGCUCAAGCCGUGGUGGGAUUCAUCAUGUCCGGCUGCUACGCAUACCUGCGUCUACCCCAGAACGUUGCCGCCUUCGUCGUUGUCUACGGUAUCUUCUUGUCUCUGGGGGAACUCGGCCCCGGCGACAACAUCGGCCUUUUGGCGUCCAAGACUAGCGCCACUGCCGUUCGAGGCCAGUAUUACGCCAUCGCAGCAGCCAUUGGGAAGAUUGGUGCUUUUGUGGGCACCUAUGUCUUUCCCAUUCUGCAGAGUAAUCCAGAUCCCAUCGCUGCUGGUCAGAAUCCGUUCUUUGUCGCCAGUUCGUUGUGCAUUUUCGCUUCCGCAAUUGUCUGGUUUGGCCUGCCUCACAUCGGACAGGACACAAUCAGCAAGCAUGAUCGUGAGUUCCGUGAGUAUUUGGAGGCUCAUGGGUACGACGUUUCUACCCUCGGAAGUGCGCGUUCUUGA